AUGGACAACAAUAUGGUUGGGAAAAGAAAUGAUGAUCGUUUUCGUGAAGCAGUUCUGACGCAAAAUUGCAUGAUAAAUUCAGAUGAUGAAAUAAUUAUUAGAAAAGUUACAAGUUAUCUUAUCGUUUUUCUGCUUCAAUGGAUUCCAAUGGUUGUGCAUAUAAUUUGUGUUGUUCUUAACGCAGUCGGUACAUGGAACUUGGUAUUACUCGUGUUAGGAUUAAGCUGUGGCGGCAUUGGCAAUGCUUUAAACUUUAUUCGGAACGAACGAUUCAACAAAGAAGUGGUCAUAACGGAUUCUGCGCUUUCACCAGAUACAAACAAUCAACUUUAUUAUAAUGCCCCUGCAAUAAUACAUCAAGAUACGACGGGAUUGCCUGCAAAUUUACGAUAA